GCGACUAUCGAAACGUAUUAAUACGUCGUGGCACUACGUACUAAAUCGCAAAAUACGGCCAUAUAGUACAUUUUAAGACUAUUCGAUCUAUCAAGAUAGGGUCGUAUAUUAACGAUUAUCUUUCAUUGGAUUUUGGAAGGGUAUGAAGAAGACCCUCAGCAUUAUGGCAACUCGUGGAAAAGGCAAAGAAAUAUUGCUCGCUAAAAUCAUCAAACUAGAACAUAAUUAUUGCUCGAACAAAGAAGAAGAAGAGGAUGUUACGGAUCAGGAUAAGACUCUUAAAAUUAUGUCCUCGACUCAUCAUAAAUCCAAGAAAUAUCAAAGACGCUCAAAAGUCAUAGCCCCCGUAUUCAAAACGAAGAAAAGAAGAAAGAAACAGGACUCUGACUCAGAGACAGAAGUAGCUGCCGUAAUUGGACAACCAGAUAUAAAGUACGACGACGAACAUGUAGAGAAACGUAGAUCGGGCCGAAACAAGCGCCGUCAAAAAUAUACUGAUGAAUUAGAGCUUGAUCUAUCUGAAGAAAAUGAUGAGGAAGAAGAAGAAGAUGAUGUGAAUCCUACGUCGGUGGUCGAAAAUCCAGCCGAUAAUGACACGCCUAUUGUUGAUAAGAUUUUAGGCUAUCGUAAAAAGAAACGAAAAAUACUGAAAAAGAAAUUCUCAUCCUAUGAAGACAAUGAUAGGAAAGAUGAUGAAGUUGAUGUUGAUGGGGACAAUUGUGAUCAACAAACUGAGUGUGAAACAGUCGAGGUUGAAGUUGAGGAAUAUUUUGCUAAAUACAAAAAUUUAUCCUACCUACAUUGCCAGUGGAAAAGUAUGGAAGAAUUAGAGAUAACUGAUAAACGCAUUGGUCAAAAAAUCCGUCGUUUUAAAAUGAAGCAGAACUACCAAGCUCUUUUGCAACUUGAUGAAGAUGAACUAUUUAAUCCUGAUUAUGUUGAGGUCGAUCGUGUUCUCGAUGAAUCUUUAACAAAGGGCGACGAUGGUGAAGACAUUCUACAUUAUCUGGUCAAAUGGCGUGGUCUACCUUACGAAGAGUCAACUUGGGAAUUAAUCGAAGAUGUUGAUCCUGCAAAAAUUGAAGACUAUAAACGUCUAUCAGAAUUACCUCCGGCCAAUGAUUUAAUGACUUUAGAAAGACCAUCUUCCGAUGAGUGGGCUGAAAUUGCAGACUCACCAAAAUAUAAGGAUGGAAAUGAAUUAAGAGAAUAUCAAGUUGAGGGAGUUAAUUGGUUACUAUAUUGCUAUUACAAUCGCCAAAAUUGCAUUCUAGCCGAUGAAAUGGGUUUGGGAAAAACAGUCCAAAGUAUUGCUUUCGUGCAGGAAGUUGUUAAUUACGGUAUAAGAGGUCCGUUUCUCAUUAUCGUCCCACUCUCAACAAUAGGAAAUUGGUCAAGGGAAUUUGAAUCUUGGACAGAUUUAAAUGCAGUCGUCUAUCACGGCACACAAGUUAGUCGUAAUAUUAUACAAGAGCAUGAAUUGUUUUAUAAAGAUCCAGCUACUGGAAAAAGAAUACCAGAUGCAUAUAAAUUUAAUGUGAUGAUAACGACCUACGAAGUCAUUUUACAAGAUGUUGAAUUAUUAGCACAAUUUGAUUGGAGAGUUUGUGUGAUUGACGAAGCUCAUAGAUUAAAGAACAAAAAUUGUAAAUUGUCAGAGGGUUUAAAGCAUUUUGGUUUGGAGCAUAAAGUUUUACUUACGGGAACUCCACUUCAGAAUAAUGUUGAAGAAUUGUUUGCCUUAUUAAAUUUUUUGGAACCUCAGCGAUUCUUUCACGUUGGAACAUUCCUUAAUGAUUUCGGUGAUUUAAAGACUGAAAGUCAAGUAUCUAAACUUAAAGCCCUUCUGAAACCAAUGAUGUUACGUCGUCUUAAAGAGGAUGUCGAGAAGACCUUAGCUGCUAAGGAGGAAACUGUCAUAGAAGUUGAAUUAACAAAUAUACAAAAGAAAUACUACCGAGCCAUAUUAGAGAGGAACUUUUCAUUUCUUUCCAAAGGAAGCACUUCAUCGUCUAAUGUCCCUAAUUUAAUGAAUACUAUGAUGGAAUUGCGCAAAUGUUGUAAUCACCCUUUUUUAAUCAACGGAGCCGAAGAGCAAAUAGUUAUGGAUUGGAAGCACUUACAUUGUACAAGCGAAGCUUUUCAAGCUCUUGUGCAUGCUUCCGGUAAACUUGUUCUUAUUGACAAGUUACUACCAAAAUUGAAAGCAGGAAAUCACAAAGUGUUAAUUUUCUCACAAAUGAUUCGAGUUUUAGACAUUUUAGAAGAUUAUUUAAUUCAUGAGAAAUAUUUGUAUGAGAGAUUAGACGGUAGAAUCAGGGGGAAUUUACGGCAAGAGGCUAUCGAUAGAUUUAGCAAACCUGAAUCGGAUAGGUUUGUCUUUCUUCUCUGUACAAGGGCUGGAGGUUUAGGUAUUAACUUGACUGCUGCCGAUACUGUUAUCAUUUUUGACUCUGAUUGGAAUCCUCAAAACGAUUUACAAGCUCAGGCAAGAUGUCAUCGAAUUGGUCAAAAUAAAAUGGUGAAAGUCUAUCGUCUUGUUACCAGAAACUCUUACGAAAGGGAAAUGUUUGAUAGAGCAUCAAUUAAAUUAGGAUUGGAUAAGGCUGUACUUCAAUCUAUGAAGGAAAAUGUCAAGGACUCUAACACUUUGUCAAAAAAGGAAAUAGAAGAUCUGCUCAAAAGAGGAGCCUACGGAGCUAUUAUGGAUGACGAUUCAGCAGCAGAUCAGUUUUGUGAAGAGGAUAUCGAUCAAAUUUUACAAAGAAGAACUCAGGUUAUUCAAUUUGACGGCGGUGAAAAGAAUUCAACGUUUGCGAAAGCUUCUUUUAGUGCAUCUGGAAAUAGAAGUGACAUUGCAAUCGAUGAUCCGAACUUUUGGCAGAAAUGGGCAAAGAAAGCUGAUUUGGACGUUGACGGAUUAAAUAAUAAGAAUGAAUUGAUUAUUGAGCAACCUCGGAGUAGGAAGCAAACGACUAGGUAUGGUAACGACGAAGGAGCUGAAGAUGUUAGCGAACUAGAAACCAGUGAUGAAUCUGAAUUGGAUGAUGGAGCUAUCGAGAUAAGCUUCAGGGGUAAGAGGGGAAGAAAGGCUGCUAGGGCUGCGGCAACUAGAAGAGCACGAAGAAGGGCUGCGGAAGAUGAUAGGGCUUAUAGUGGUGACGAUAGUACGAGAGGGUAUUAUAGAAAUGAAUGUUUUAAGAUAGAAAAAUAUCUUUUGAUCUACGGUUGGGGAAGAUGGAAAGAAGUUUUGGAACAUUGCAGAUUCAAAAGAUCUUUGAACUCGAAGGAUUGUGAGAGAGUUUCAGCUGCUAUUUUGAAUUAUAGUUUAAAUCAUUAUCAUGGGGAUGAUAAAAUUAAAGUAUUUAUAGCCGAUCUUAUACAAGGAAGAGCUGAUCAGAAGGGUCACUCUGGUUUAUCAGCACCAGUGCCUAGGGGAAGAAAAGGAAAGAAAAGAAUAGAGGCUGAAGAGAUAGACGUUUCGUCGUUGGAAGAUCCUGUAAAAGUUCUAGUCGACGAGGGUUACAGAAAACAUUUACACCGACAUGCCAAUAAGGUUCUCCUCCGAGUUCGUCUCCUAUUCUACAUAAAGCAAGAAGUAAUUGGAGAAGAGUUUAGCAAAGUAUUCCAAAGUUUCCAUUCCAAUGAUAUCAACAUUCCCCAGCCCUGCACUGAUGGAGAUAAGCCAGCGUUUUGGUGGGAUGAAGAUGCCGAUCGUUCCUUAAUUAUAGGAGUUUUUAAACAUGGUUACGAGAGGUUUAAUCAAAUCCGUCAAGACUCUUGUCUCUGCUUUUUACAAAGAUGUGGGCCACCUGACAGUAAGGCAUUGGCGGCUGAAUUGAAGGAUGACGACGAUGACGAGGGGGAAGGUGACGAUGGAGAAGAUACGGAGGCUAUAAAUGAACAAGCAAAUUCCGGGGAAGCCGAUGAAAAUGGAUUUUUACCUUUUCCUUCAGCUUCAGAACUCAACACUAGAUUACGGCGAUUAAUAACAAGUUACCAAAGAGAUUAUAAAAGAGUGCAAGAGAAAUUACAAAAAUCUGCUAAGAAGAUGGAAAAGAGAGAGAGGCUAGAAGCUGUAAUAAAAGAGCGAGAAAAACAGAAAUUAGACGCAAAACAAAAAUGGUCACGAAGGGAAGAAGCUGAUUUUUACCGCGUAAUAUCUUCAUUUGGUCUAGAAUAUAAUGCAGAUGGAUCUUAUAGAUGGGAUUCAUUUAAAGCUCUCGCUAGGCUUGAAAAGAAAUACGACGACACUAUGUCUGAAUACGCAACGGCAUUUUUAGCCAUGUGCCGAUGCAUAUGUGGUCGUUCAGUUCAACCACAAGAUACUGAAAUAUUUAACCAGUGCUCAGUUGAACCGAUAUCUGAAGAAAGAGCUUCACGCACUCUAAUGAGAGUAGAAUUAUUACACAAGAUUAGAGAGGAAGUCUUAAUGAAUCCAAAUCUUGACGAACGAUUACAAUUAUGCAUGGGUAGCAAUGAACUCCCCUCUUGGUAUGAACCAGGCACCCAUGAUAAGGAUCUAUUAAGAGGUGCAGCUAAACAUGGACUAGCACGAACUGAAAAUAAUAUAGUGUAUGACGAAGAAUUAGGAUUUUUUAAACUUAUUAAGAAUAUACUUAACGAACGACAAGAGACUAUAGCUAGAAUGAUGAAAGCUGAAAAUGACAAAGAGGAUAACAAAAAUUCCGAAGAUGACUCUGUUGCACUCGAUCCAAUGCAAAAUAAUAACGAAUUGUGGCCGAAAGAUAGAACCAUUCUUAAUCGGUUACUUGAUGUGUGUGAAUGCGUAACAACAGGAGAAUGGCCCACAACUAGAAAAGUUGGGCCUUACAUGCAAUACAAUCCCUCCGAUUCAAGAUGCAGCUCACCUUCCUCAUCAAAUGCUGAUGAGCUAGCUUUCUAUAGCAAGGUGAACAGUAGUGAUUUAUGUGUACAGAUGGCCGAGGAUGACUCAUUGAAGCUAACAAUUAAACGACCCGCGAAUAAAUCAGUGAGGAUUGAAGAAGUAGCCCUCAGCGACAGUGAUGUGCCAGAAGUAAACGGUUCAAGUCCAAGUUUAAGAGCAAGAAAGCGAACAUUCGCCGAAACAAAUGAUUAUCAACGCUUGUUCGUUGAUCCCGACACCCAUGUUUCGGUCGUGAAUGAUGAGGAUGGUACAAGGUUAGAAGGGGAAGACGCUCCCAGACAAUUUGAGCUGGAGGAUUGGUUGAUUGAACAUCCCAACUACUCUGUUGCACAAGUUAAUGAGCCAGCUUCAAAGAAAAGUCGAAAGCCUAGAUUUGAUCCAGUGAAGGCAAACGCUGAAUCUUUAACAGGUCAAGAAAAUGUGGCAGUCAUUAAUAGAGAAACUGGACGCAGAAUUACGGGCUCAAAAGCACCCAUUCUUAGACAGCUGACAUCGUGGUUGGAGCAAAAUCCAGCCUUUGAUGUCGAUCCAAAAUGGCGAUCAAUUUUGUCACUUCCCCAGUGGAAGUUACCUAAACACCUAGAUAAGAGAAUGGCAGAGAGGAGCAAUGAAUCCGUAAAUGGUUCCGGGGUAAAUCGUUUGUAUAAUAUACCUGGGUAUCCUUUAGGGCUUAAUAAUUUAUUCAACCCUGUUGGAGUUGUACAGUACACGAGCGUUGUUACCGACCGAACGAAAACUGAUAGGACAAUUCGAAAGAGUAAAUCUUAG